UAAAAAAGAAUCAGAAGCUAUCGAUCAGAGGGAAGAAUUGGAAUAAUAGCACGGAGAGGGUGUUUAAUACAUACAGAACAGAUAUAGGAGACAGCUCCACGAGCCUGUUUGUGUGCAAUGGACUGCCCAGUGUGUAGGAGAAGGAUGAUGUCAGAGGCUUAUUGCCGUUAUGACCCCGCCGCCAUGUAAGGUCAUUUUUGAGCUCUGAGAGAAGUUUGCAGGCUGCUGAAGGAAACGAACCUAACCAGGCCAAUUCUGAAUCGAAGAGAUAAACGAGUGAGGAGAACAGACUUCCAGCCAGGAAGGACUGAAGAUGUAUAAUCCUUUUUUUCUUCCAGCCGGUGGGAAAAGAGUAGCUUAUCACUUACCCACUCUGGUUCACAGUUCUUUUAACUGAUAGGAAGUUAUUUAGCUAAUCAUCCAAGAUGUCUCUGUUUCUUGGUAAUCUAUCUUCUCAUGUCCGACGAGAAGAACUUGAACGUGUUUUCCGGAGGUUUGGGCGUAGUAAUGUGCAGCUGAAAGAUGGAUAUGGUUUUGUCAUAUUUGAUGUUCCUUACAAUGCAGAAAAGGCUCUCAGAGCACUUCGAGGAAAGAAUAUUUGUGGGGAGCCAGUAUCUAUUACGUGGGCGAACAAACAACCAAGGCCUUUUCAAAGAUUUGCACGAGGUACCAGGACCUUUGAACCAAACCAAGGGAAAAAUUUCACAAGAGGAGAAAGUUAUGGUAUGCGACAAAAGGGUGUGAACCGACGACCAGACUAUAAAAUGGUUGCCAAGCACCUAGAUAGUACCAGUGGACUGCCAUACAUGGUGGAUCCACUUGAGAAGGAAAUUGUUCAUCACCAGGAGCGUAUGGUAGACCAAGGCAGAGAAAAAGGUCAUGACUCCAAGGCAAGAUUGCUGGACGAAGGUGCUAGUAUUGCACCCAAUCUGGUGGAUAAUGAUAGAUGGGGUGAACCUGCCAGUGUCCCGUUGAAUGAUAAUGGAGUCGAAAAUGGAACAGACUUUGAUCGUUAUGAACCUUACCAUGGGUUUGACAAAAGAGACGAAGAAGAAAACCAACACAUGAAUGGUCCUUAUGGUUCUCCUACUUGUGGGAUAUCUCAAGAGAAACAUUGGAAAGAGCAUAGCAGUGAAGCAACAUUGAAGCAACCUAAUACUCCGAAGCCCCAACAAACCUGCUAUGGUUGUGGGUUGACUGGCCACAUAAUACGUUACUGUCCCCAAGCAGAUACUUCUCAACAGGAGAGGUUUGCCCGCUUUGACCAUAAGAGAGACGAUAGAAUUGGUUUUAGAGGUGGUGGUGAUGUGAAGUCAAAAAGUCUGAGGCCUUCAUCUUACCGAAGGCCGAAGACGAGUAAAGAUCCUAUGAUCGUGAGGCAGCAUAGGACUGACACAGUGGCAUGUGGUUCUGGAAAGUCUAGGAAGUUGGUUAGGAGGAAUGGAAGCUUCCCUGGAAAUAGGGAAACUUCCCGGUCUCAGCCCAGAAGGGAAAGUCGAGGUAGAAAGAGAAGUAGAGCGGAACCUGGAAGUCCGAAGAAACAUCAUGGAAAGAAGUUAAGGAAGUCAACUUCUUCUUGUAAGCAUUCAAAUUCCAUUGCGUCCAGUUCUCGCUCACGUUCGUGGUCCUCAAAGUCUGUUUCUGGGAUGAGUUCCUAUUCUAGAUCAAGUUCACUUUUUAGAUCUCGUUCAGUGUCAUCUAUUUCAACAUCCUCUUCAACAUCAGCCUAUUCGACAUCUGAAAGUUCAAGGUCCAGGUCAAGGUCAAGGUCAAGUUCAAGUUCUCCCUCUUCCUUGUCUUUGUCCAUAUCACCUGGUCGGCCUUUGCCAUCUUCUCCAAGUGAGGCACCAACAAAGGCAACUAGUGCUUCCUUGAAGGAAUUACUGGAGAAUGUUCCCAGUCCCCAAUCCAAGCACCUUUUGGUUGAGCAAAAACAGCUAAUGGAAAGUGAUGCAAGUUCAGAGAAUUUAAAACGAAAAGGUGCAAGUGUGACAGUGAAAGAUGAGAAUACAUUAUUAUACUUGAAAGUAGAGGAUGAGAUGAAAAAGGAUAGUCAUGGGCAGCUGGAUGAUGAUAGAAACCAUACUAUUUCUAGGAUUCAUUAUGAGGUAACAAAUGUAGGCACAAAUUCAUUGGAACAAUGUAUUGCUGGUAAUCCAUCUUCAGAGAAUUUGAAAGACAAGAGGGAACUUCUGAAAUCACAGCCACAAAAACAUUUAGAGUCACCAAGUGGAAAGGCAAAUCAUGAGUUUCCUGUUUAUUCACAGCCUAACAAUUCGACCAGAAUAUCCUCAGAUGAGAUGUACAUGGUCUUGAAACACCAUGGAUUGGCACUGCCAGAAGAAAGUGAAAAGCACUUACCUAUUGAGUCGUUCUUUGGUUCAGCUCGGUUAUGGCCUUGGGAGAUCAUAUAUUACCGCCGACUGAAGAAGGGUCCAAUAACAACUGAGAAUUAUGCUAGGCGUGUUGCUCAAAAUUUAGAAUUUGGCAUUGUGGAUAAGUUUGUCAGAAGCAGUAGUGGAUGGGGAGAAUGUGAUCAUAACAAUUCCUGAUUUGUUUUUUCAUUUUUGUGUGGACUUACUGUCAAGGCGUGCAGAACCCAACAUGUUUUCACAAAUUUUUGUUGUAUCCUUUGUUGAGGCUUACAUCCGAUAUAAACAGGUAAAUCUCAGAAUAUAGUCUGUCUAAUUCUGGUCCUUGUAAUAAAAUUUUGGUUGUGUAUAUUUUUCUCAUUUGUCUUUGGUGGAGAUGGCUUGUUUAUGAUUCAACAUAGUUUUUUGUUGCAUGUCCUCUUAAAUUGUCACUGUGCAAAAGUUAAAUGAUUCAAUGAAUUGCAAACUUUUUUUUCCAA